AAGUUAUACGUAUCACGUGAUUAAUUCACUCUAGCCAUUUUUUAUCGUCGAAGAAGCCGCACAAAUUUUCAGCAAGUGAUUUUGUAUUUUACAGUGUUUUUGCAUCGUUUUCGGCAUAAACUUUUGCAGAACGUAAUUAUAUGUUACAUGAUGGAAUAGACUGUGAUAUUUAAGGUGCGUAUUUUAGCGAUUUCGCAUAUAUUUUGAUGUAAACAGUGGACUGUGUCUUGUGUUGUUUACAUCUAUAAAUAGACACCUUAUGUAAACAUGGCUGCGGGACGGGUAAAAGUAGUGAUUCUGGGACACUCGUUUAUACGACGUUUGCGUGAUUUUGUGUUGUCAACACCUGAGUAUAGCAAUUUGAGACUUUAUUCUACACAAUUCUCUGUUGAAUUUCGAGCGAGAGGAGGUUUAUCCAUCCGACAAUUAGCCAACAGCCCACAAUUGACGGACUUCGUGGACCAAGAUGUUUGUUUUUUACAAAUCGGAAGCAAUGACUUAUGUGAUCCAGCGAUUCCAGUGAAAGACAUUGCCAAUGGAAUAACAUCAUUUGCUUCUUUUUUGAUCGCUGCGGAAAAGGUGAAAGUUGUGAUUAUUGGCCAAGUCCUCUUUAGGUCACCACAUGCUACAGAUCCAGAUUACAACAACAGAGUUAGAGAACUGAAUGUGUUAUUGAAAUCGAAUUGUGUAAACUCGGACGCAAACUUGAGAUUUUGGCAUCACUAUGGAUUCUGGAAGGAUCCGAAUUUGCCCCACUUAUCACCAGAUGGUGUCCAUCUACAGAAUCCGAGGGUAAAUGCCCGUCCCAUGCAGAAAUAUGCCCAAAGCAUCAAAAGUGCAAUUCUACAUUGUGCUCGCACCUUCAUGCUCAGAUAAGUUAUGUAAAAAUUUACACUGUUGCCCAUACACAAAAUAAUUUUUAUGACUAUUAGGGUGUUUUGUUUGGGCUUAAGCUAAAAACAUAAUUGAUUAUAUACCCUAAAAUUUUAUCAUGUCGAUAAAGACUGAAGUACAUAUAUGCUAUUCAGAUCAUUAAUUCGAAUCACUUAAAUUGUUAUAUCAAUUUUCUUUCAUUUACAUUAUGAAUUUUAUUCACAGUAAUCUUUAAAUUCAUAAGCAAUGGCACUGUUAAUCUAUAGAAUUUAUGCAACAUCAUUUAUGGUGAAUACAAUUUCUUGGAAGUAUUAACAUGCCUUUUCAAUUAUGGCAGAUAUACAAAUUUACAAUGCAUUUUUACGCUGUGUCAAUUAUAGCGGAUGCAUUUUUAUUAGCAUUUUUACGCUGUGUCAAUUAUGGCGGAUGCAAUUUUUUUUUAUUAAUGCAUUUUGACGCUGUGUCAAUUACAGCGGAUGCAAUUAUUUAAUUAAAUUAAUGCAUUUUUACGCUAUGUCAAUUAUAGCGGAUGCAUUUUUUAACAUUUCUACACCUUGUCAACUAUGGUGUAUCUAAUUUUUAUAAUGCAUUUUACACCACGUCAAUAUGGGUGAAUGCAUUAUCUGGCAUUUUUAUGUUAUGUCUAUAAAUGACAAUUGCUUGGCUUGAAUGUUUAACAACUUUAUAAACAUUUAAGGUCAUGAUGUUCAUGAUCAAUGCUAUUAUUAAUUUUAAGUCAAGUAUUUUACAUUUAAGUCACGUUAUUUAUGGACUUUAUCCUACAAUAUUUCAACUUCUCCAGGUCAUAUAAUUCACAUUUGUUUUAAACUAAUAAACAUUAAAUUAUAGAUUGAAAUAAUUUAAUCAUAUAUUCAAAUUGGAAGUUUACAAAUGAGUUGGCUUCUUGGCUUAUGGAAUUCUGUAUGUAUUAUAUAGGCUAGAUGUCCUUUAUCACAUAAAUUCUUUUGAAUUCCAAAAUACUUAUCAUGCUUAUUGAAGACAAUAUUUUAAUUUCAAAGCUGUUAAAAUCAAUUACUUUGAAAUUUCUUAACUUGUUGGUGAUAUGUAUUUUAUACAUAUUUAUUCUGAAAUAUUUCAAAAUAUAUUGACAUAGAUUCAAGUGGAUGUCAGUUAUUAAUUAUUACAAAAUUUUUCAGUUAUCAACAUGGGUCCAAAAAGAAAACCACCACCAACUUCGCAACAAGAUGGGUCAAAACGGACAAAGCAGAAUUCAAAUAAACGGCAAAAGCAAUCAUCAAUCUCUGUGGACAAUCAAUUAACCAUGGGUCCUCUGAACAUUGACUAUGACUUAUUAGCUGAGGCCAUUUUAAAGAAACAACAAGUUUCAACUGUCACACAACCCACCCAAAACGUCAAUACGACUCAGGAAACGCCAUCAAUUGAGGAUACUGGGACAAAUAUGAACACAAUUAUCCAGCCCAGGGUAGAAACCCAAACGGAUGCAACAAGCUCACAGACAUCUACCAUAACUGAAGCUCCAUCCACAAGUCAAAACUACAGCAACCACUUCUCAUCUCUAUUACACGAAUUAUUUGCAGGAAGCCAAAGCAAUAGCCCCAUGGUUAAAUCCUCAACCAACACCUCUCCCGUCACAGAUGGUGUUCAUUUAACCAGCGAGAGCCUCCAGUUGCUGGUAGCAGCCAUAGCACCAUCUACUCGAAGAGCUUAUCUGCGAAGCUGGACAUUACUUUUGAGCUAUUGCAGCAAUUCGGAUGCCUCAUUCACUUUUCCAUGCUCUCCAAUUCUGAUUUCUAACUUUAUCAGUCAUCUGCAUUUUCAGAACCUUAGUGCUUCUACAAUUACAUCCCACGUGUCUGCCAUAAGUUAUGUACAUAAACUUUGCAGUGUUAAUGACCCGACACAUCAUUUCGUGGUUCGAAAAAUCUUGAAAGGCUGUCAACAGUUGAAAACCUCUCCAGAUACUAGAAUGCCUAUCACCAAGCCCAUUUUGCUAAAACUUUUAUCGGCUCUACAAAAGACUGUAUCUGAUAAUGAAAAUAUUAUUAUGCUUCGUGCAAUUUUUCUUUUAGCCUUUCAUGGAUUCUUUCGCUUAGGAGAAUUAGUUGUACAAGAUAAAGAACAUGUUACUAAGGUUAUCCAAAGAGCCGAUCUUACUUUUGUCAAAGAUCAGGGUGUACAAAUCAGGCUCCGAUAUUUCAAACACAUGAAAAACAACCAACCUGUUACCAUUCUGCUUUCAUCGAGCAAAGAUUUUCAAAUUUGUCCUGUUCAUGCCUUAUAUUUGUACACUUGUACUUUCAAUCAUAAAUCUGGCCCAUUAUUUUCAUUUAAAUCAGGUGCACCAGUCUCUCGUUCAUUUGUAGUGUCAAAUUUGAAAUCGGCUUUGACAUUUUGUGACUUAAAUCCAAAUCUUUAUAAAGGACACAGUUUUAGGAUUGGUGCGGCAACGGAAGCCGCCCGAUUGGGUUUUUCUGAAAGUUAUAUUCAGCAACUCGGUCGAUGGCAUUCAAAUGCAGUUCAACGGUACAUAAGAAUCAAUUCAUUUUCACUAUAAUCGUUCAAACAAUCGGUCAAUGUUGUACUACUCCCAUUCCACAUUUUUUGCACCGCUAACAUAAUAAUAUUAUGUAUCUGAACAAUUUGAACAGGCCAGGUUUGACUGCUGUUCCCACCAACUUGUCAUGAACACUCGGUAGGCCAGUUUUUCGGCUGCUACACAUUUCACAUUUUAUUGUUUAUAAGUUAUAGUUUAACCUUUGCCCCCAACUCAUCAUACUCAUGUCAUUUCAUUUGUGUUACUUUGUUUUGUAAAUAUGUUUUUGCAAUGUUCAAUAUGUUUGUUGUCUUUAUUUAUUCACCUUACAUUUAUGUCUAUUUUAAAAGUAUUGCACAGGCCAGAUAUUACACUGUUGUGUUUAUUUUAAUCAUCACACUAGCUUAUUUUUAUUUUUUUCACUAUUUAUUGUUUUAUAAUGUAUUUACCUGGCUAUUCUUGGGUGGCGCAGUAAGUCACAUGCUAUUAGGCAGCAUGUUUCUUCCUUUAUGGCCUUUUUGUGCACCACCUUUUUGCUUUUUAAGUGUUUUUUACCAUUAUAUUAUUGGCUGGGCUGUUUUUUGUGUCAUGUGAUUAGAAAAAAUUAUGUCAUGUGACUAAUAUGUAAGUUUAACUAGUCAAUUUGUGAUCAACUGUAUAUUUUGUUUUAAGCCCAGCCAAUUAAUUGUUUUAUAACUUUGUGUAAUAUGUAUUAUAGAUUUUAUUCUUAGUCAUUUGUUAUUUGAAUAAAUGACAGUUUCACUCAAUUGUGUUUCAGUAAUUUAUACAAAAAGUUAAGCAAAAACGAGCUUCGAAUAGCCAGAAAUUGUCUUGUCGGAUUAUCAGGAAAAUUUGUGGAUAUAAAUAAACAUUUAUUGGUACAAUAAAUUGUUUUAUAUACAAAAUUUUAUAAUCUUUAUAACUUAUGUAAUUCUCCAUUUAUUUGUUUCCCUUUCGGGUGCCCCAUGCAUUUACGGCUAGAUUUUAUAGUUUGGACCAAUCAAAUAAAGUUAUACGUAUCACGUGGUUAAUUCACUCUAGCCAUUUUUUAUCGUCGAAGAAGCCACACAAAUUUUCAGCAACCACCUCUUCCCCUCCACCACCCAAUUUUUAUGAAUUUACUUGUUAAUAAGGCAUAAUUUGUAUUAAAAUAUGUUAACAAUAUGCAAGUUUUUUGUCGUGUGCCUUUUUGUGCACCACCUUUUUGCUUUUUAAGUGUUUUUUACCAUUAUAUUAUUGGCUGGGCUGUUUUUUGUGUCAUGUGAUUAGAAAAAAUUAUGUCAUGUGACUAAUAUGUAACUUUAACUAGUCAAUUUGUGAUCAACUGUAUAUUUUAUUUUAAGCCCAGCCAAUUAAUUGUUUUAUAACUUUGUGUAAUAUGUAUUAUAGAUUUUAUUCUUAGUCAUUUGUUAUUUGAAUAAAUGACAGUUUCACUCAA